CCAAAGUCAAGAAUAAUGCAAUUAUUAUUAUUUAUCCCUGUUCUUUCUUCCAAUAAUAAACUAUACCCCAAUUGAUUCUACACGUCAACAAUCACCUCCAGAAUUCAUAUGGCCGAUUAUUCGAUUCUGGGUUUUGUUUAUUCCAAUCAAUUUUACCUUUUUAUUAUUUAUUUUACUACUUUUCUCGUUAGCUGUUGUUCGCAUGAAGAUGGUUAUGGUUCUUUCACAAUUUCAAGCUUUACCUACACUAAAACUUUCAUCAGACCAUAUGAUUGGCGUUAUAUCAGAGUUGAUUUACCGACAUCGUUUUCUUCAAUGACUCUUGCUUUAGAGUCUGAUGUGCACCUUGAUAAAGAUCAUGUUCAGCAAGCUAAUAUAUCUAAUCUACCAAUGAUAUGCGUUCGUGAAGGCAGCCCUCCUUUGCCUGAUGCAUAUAACACCUCUAUAACUGGUUUAGUGUUGGAUCCUAUUUCUAAUGAAUCAUUGGGAACACAAAGUCUCCAAUUUGCAGAGAAAUGUUAUCCUAUGCAGAAAAAUAUUCUUUUAAAACUAACAAAUGAGCAGAUUUCUCCAGGUGUAUGGUACUUUGGCUUAUUUAACGGUAUUGAAUCAACAACGACCCAAUUAAAGAUGAUAUCAGGGUAUUCUUUUAGUGGGAAUGUGAGCGUUGAAGGUUGUAUGGGCCCAUCUAAGUCGGGCCAAUUCUGUAACCAAACCAUUGACCAACUUUCUUGCGUUAACCAAAAUUCAACACAAGAAACCUUUGUUUCUUGUAGAAACAACUAUGAAAGCUCGUGCAGCGGUCCAAAAGAACCAAAAGUCUACACUUUCGACUUGUUUGGAGUUUCCGAAAAAAUAACGAUCUCAACUUCAAAAGUCAAAGUCAACCAAAAUCAACUUUCAGAUGGUACAACAAGUAAUCAAACUCGUAUUGGUUUGAUGUGUUACGUUAGGCAUGGCGCAAUGCCAUCAUCGUCUAUUCAUGAUUAUUCAGGUAAUAUUGUUGAUACCCCUUUGGCUAUUCAAUCGCCAAAAGUUGGCCGGUGGUAUAUUACCAUUGUACCCAUGGACCUCUCAAAUGGAACAAUGGGGAACGUGAAGGUUUGCUAUUCGCUGACGUGGCAAAUGCGUCAAUGUCCUCAAAAUAAAGCUGGUGUGAACUGUACAUGGGAACGAUACAUGCUCCAGACAGUUUUGAGGAAGAACGCCGCUCUUCCUUUUGAAUCAUAUUAUAUACCCGUAAGCGAUAAUGGAUCUUCGCGUUCAUCUAAUUUCCUUCUCGAGCCUCUUCUUAGCUACAAUUCACUCGAUCAACGUCAAAGUCAAAGUCAAGAUUUUGCAUGGACUUAUUUUGUAGUAGACAUUCCCUUGGGUGCAGCUGGAGGAAGCAUUCAUGUUCGAAUAAACUCGGAUACUAAAUUAAAUUAUGAAAUCUAUGCGUCGUACGGUGGAUUACCAUUGGAAGAUAAAUGGGAUUACUUCUAUGCGAAUUCAACUAGCAACAGUAACGGUUCUAUGUUCUUUAAGUUGUAUGACUCAGAUGAAAAGAAUAUCGGUUUUUAUAUUGUCUAUGCUAGCGGAGGGACUUGGGGUUUUGGUAUAAAACAUUUGACUUCUUCUCAUCAAAGUCAAAGUCAAACUACUAUGGCUAUUUCGGUGGAACGAUGCCCGAGAAGGUGUUCUUCUCAUGGAACAUGCCAAAAUGUUGUUGAAAUGAGUGGAUUGUCACUCUACAGCUUUUGUAAGUGUGAUCGUACACAUGGAGGCUUCGACUGUAGCGUUGAACUUGUCUCGCAUCGAGGAUGGACAAAAGGAGCAGAGCAUCGACAUUCACGGGGUUCUCAGUUUGGUUCUCAGUCUUUUGAACGUGCAAAUAGCGGACAUAUGCUGCAAUCAGUUUCGCUUAUUGCAUCAAAUGCUGCAUUCGUGUUUCCGGCUUAUUGGGCCCUACGUCAGAAGGCAUUCGCAGAGUGGGUGCUCUAUACAUCUAGUGGUAUUUCAAGCGGCUUAUAUCACGCGUGUGAUGUUGGCAUCUGGUGUGCGCUAUCUUUACAUGUUUUGCAGUUCAUGGAUUUCUGGCUUUCGUUCAUGGCUGUAGUGAGCACAUUUGUAUACUUAGCGACCAUUGGCGAAACUUCAAAGAGGGCAAUUCAUAUGGUGGCUGCAAUCCUUACAGCACUCAUGGCAGAAACCCGAACUACAAGGUCCUCCAAUGUUGUUCUUGUAAUAGCAAUCGGAGCAACCGGCCUUUUUGCUGGUUGGUUGAUCGAGUUCUUCACGCACGAUAGACGAUUCUCGUUUUCUGCGGAGCUUUUUCUGAAUUUGCUUCAUAGGUGGCAGACAUUUAAAGGAUGGUUUCGUAACCUUGUAAAAACGCUUGUUAGACAUUUUCAGUGGUUUUUUGUGCUUGCGGGAUUUGUUGCAUUAUCAAUGGCUGCCAUAAGCUGGAGUCUCGAAUCAACCGAAAGUUACUGGUUUUGGCAUAGCGUGUGGCAUGUAUCGAUAUACAUGGGUUCCUUCUUUUUUCUUUGCUCAAAAGUCAAUGCGAUCGAAUGUGAGAAUCAAGGGUCUACAAGCAGAGAUUAUCAGUUGACUCGACAAGAUUCUCUCUCGAGAUGUGAAGACCCACAAGCGAACGCGUAGCUUAUGGUUCAAUAACUUUUAUAAGAAGGUGCUUUGCACACCAUCACAUUACUUCACACACCACCAUAUAUGUUGUAUGGGGCUCUACCUUAUGUAACUAGUGGUGUGAUAAGUAAUUUUAGUGGUGUAUUAACCACCUAUAGGAUUAUAGGAAACAAAAAUGUAAAUGAGAAAGAGAGAGAAAUAUGGAUAGAAAUUUUAAGAUGUGGUUUUGUCAUUUAUGUAAACUUAUGGGGUCCUCAUGUAUAUUUACAAUCUUAUAUAAUUUUUGUUUUUUUGCACA